UUGACACGUUCGAUAGUUUUUUUUCUUUUUUCAAAGCACCAGGUCACAUAGUUAUUGGCAGAGGUGGCGGCAGAGGUAGAUACUUAGGUAGAAAGAUAGGAAGGUAGGUAAUAGACAGGCGCGCUAGCUUCGCGCGAGAUGACCCUCUUACCUCUUUACCGUUUCUUCCUGGCAAGAACGACUAUCGCGCCGUAACGCCGUUUGUACGGUCGUGCGAGAAGAUUUCAGUUGCGAGGUCAGUUGCAUUUGCUAACAGACCAGUAGCCAUCUAGCGAGAGCCGGAAAUCGUAGGGUUCCCAAUUCGUUCGAAAUCUAACAAAACUUUCUUUUUCUCUCGCACAUUAUCUUUUUUUUUUUAUAUUUUUCUUAAACUUUCAUAUUUACCUUCCUUCCUAACUUCUGCCACUUCUACGAUUUUUCUAUUCCAUUUAUUAGUCCUUUCAUUUUCUACACGCGCAAGGUUUUUUGUGUAAGAUCGAAUCAAUUUCUAUCCACCCUCGAGGUGGCUCCGAGGGAUCAAUUAAAUCCACCUGUUAACGGAUCGCUGAUCGAUCCGAGAACGGAAAGAUCUGCGGCGAAAUGGAUAACACAGAGGAUGAUCUAAGGACAUCAGUCGAGCUGUAUAUAUACGAUUUAUCGAAGGGUAUGGCAGCAAUGAUGUCUAAUAUGCUGAUAGGUAGACAUUUGGAAGGAAUAUGGCAUACGGGAAUAGUUGCUUAUGGUAGAGAAUACUUUUUUGGUCCAGCUGGAAUACAAAGUGUCAGACCUGGUGGUACGCAUUUGCGCGAACCGCAAAAAAUCGAGAAGAUUGGUGAGACUUAUCUACCCUAUUCUGUUUUCCUUGAAUACAUCAACGGCCUGGGAACGUCCACAUUUGCACCGGGCACGUAUAAUCUUUUCAAGCACAACUGUAACACUUUCACGGAAGAAGUUAGUAAUUUUCUGGCGGGAACAGGAAUUCCCAAAUAUAUCCUUGAUCUUCCAGAAGAGAUAUUACAAACGCCAGUUGGACAAGCGUUAGGACCUUUGAUAGAAAGUUUAAGUAGCAACGCAAACGCAGGUUUCACGGUUGGUCAAAGAUUCGUUGAAGCUAGAAUCGACAGGGAAGCUUCUCCAGAAUAUCAGCUUUUAAAUACAGCAAUCGAGGAGGCAAGAUUAAACUCGAUCGCGUUAGAGGAAAGGAGAAACGUAAUAAACGAGAAGCUAGCUAAGAAGGAUAGGAAGAAGAAAAAGAAGAAGAAGGAAAAGAAGGAAAAGAGUAGCAAAGAUAGCACAGGAAGUGACAAUAAUAGCACAGGGCCCAGUAAUUGCGCGGAUAUGGCGGAAAGCGAGGGUGCAGUUAGCGAGAUGCAAGCGGCGAAUGGUGCAACGAUGGAAAUGUUACCGUCCGAUAGGGUAAUGCAAAUGGAGGAGGAAGAGAAACGGGAACAGGAAGAGAAGAAAAGGCAACGUGAUCCUCCUAUAGUAUUUAAAGAUACCGUCGAUGUAAAAGCGGAAUAUGAGACGUUGGUCAACUGUCUAGAAGGAAAAUUAAACGACGAGGAAAGAACAUGUUUGACCGAGCUUCGACAAUACGUUUUAGAGAACGAAGGUUCUUGGGCUUUGGGAGAUUAUUUUUUAAAUUUUGUCGGACGCAUACUUUACGACAAAUCUUUAACAACCGAAGCAAGGGUGAAACUUCUCAACGUUCUUUCCGUUGCCGCUUUGAAAGACGAUGUGAUUCUUCUUUUGCAUCAAGAUAGAAAGGAACAUAUUCUUAUGAAUUAUGCCUUCGAUAUAGAUCGUCAUCCUCCGGAAGAACAAUUACCGCUUGCUGAAUUUUUGGCUAACAUGUUUGAAAAUCUGAGCAGUUCAGAAUGGUUACUUUACAUAUCUGAAUGGCAACAUCACAAUCAAAGUAUCAGCAACAUAAGAGUGACGACGAAGGUUGCUGUCCACUCCUUGCUAUCCAAUUCAUUCGAGUUGCAAACCCGUGGUGCUGCUAUUAUCCACAACUUAGCCUGCAAGGAGAAAAUGAACAAAAGCAAAAAUCUGCGGCGACUUUUACCAAAAGGCAGCAUUUCUAAGGUGUUUGAUGAUGUCGCCGUUGAAUUAACGAUGGCUUUGCUGCAAUAUUUCAACGGAAGUCCAGCAGAAGAACAACUUUACGCGUGCAUGAAGUCGUUGGCGCGUUUUACACAAAUCAGUGGACAGGAUGUGCCCCAAUUGAUACAGAUGAUCGGACCAGAGCCAAACAAAUUUCGUGGAACUUCCCAGAGAAUCGACGAACUGAUCGAUCAAGUCAAUAAGAAGCUACGUUGAGGUACAACUUGCCAUUUCUUCGCGAUCCAAAUUUUUUUAUUCCAAAUAGGAUGAUGUAUAAAAUGAGUGUUGUUGACUGACAGCUAAAUAAGAUGAAUUUUUACAAUAGAGAUUUUAUUUUAAGCAUCUACGUGCUUUUAUAAUAAUACUUAUUAUU